AUGGCAGCUGCCAUCGCCGCUGCAGUUGCCGACUCAGUGCAAGUGCUUCCGCCAGCGAAAGCUCGGGUGGCUGCUUUCGAAUCAGAGGUUCGCCGUCGCGACCGCGACGCUGCUGAGAACGACUCUCCCAAGUCGGAGGCCUCCCUGCCGGCCGCGGCGGCCGCGGCGGCCCUGAAGAAGUCCAAGUCCCAGGCGCACGUGGCGAGUUUCCGGAGGCUAUGUCUCAGUGGUGUGCGAACGCUCGUGCAGGCAGCGCUGGACUUGUACACUGGCUUGCGAGUACAACUCACCGUGGCGGCAUUGAUUGCUGGCAACUUUCUUAUGAACGUCAUCGAGCUCUCCGUCCUUACUUUGAUGAAGUGGAUCGAUCCUGAUGGUGACACCUAUCCGGAUCUUUGGGUUGGCGCCGACAUUUUUUUCAAUGUGAGCUUCGCCAUCGAGCUCGUUUGGAACAUGUACUCCUUCUGGCUAUGGCGUUUCUGGAAGCUCGUCAGACCACUGAUGGCACCUGCCGCAAGCCUCUGGAAGUCAGCCUGGAACGUCUUUGACGUUAUCGUGGUCACCAUCGGACUCAUGAACCUAGUGCUGCCCAACCUGCCCGGUCCUUUGAGCCUCCUCCGCCGGCAUGAUGAGGGCUUCCCGGCUUUCCGCGUUUUCCGACUCUUCAAGCGUGUGGAGUCGCUGCACAAGAUCAUCAAGUCCUUGUCGAGAGCCGUGCCCGGAGUGGCCAACGCGUUUCUCAUUCUCCUCCUGGUGAUGUCCAUAUAUGCGAUUCUAGGCAUGGGGCACCAGAGCAGUGGAGCGUGCAGUUUAGCAUUCUGUCUCGGUCUCACCGGCAGCUUGGACUCUUUUGGAGGUGUGGAGUUCUUCGGGACAUAUGCCAACGGUGGUAACUACACCAACGAGUGCCGCGACGCACAUCAUGCUUCGAUUCCUUGCCAAGCGUGUAAGAUGACCUUCGUGCUCUUCAUGAGGUUUGAUGAAGUUGUGGAGAUCAUCACCGCCAGAGAACUGCAGUUCGGUGAUGAGAACUUCGGAAACUUCCAUCGAUCCCUCUUCACCAUGUUCCAGGUCCUCACAGGCAAUGCGACAAGGGUGAUCACUCGGCCGAUGUUGCACACCACGGAUUUCACGCAGGCGCUCGAAGCCAAAAUCGGCGAUUUGAAGGUUCAAGCUGCAGAAGGUCCCCGGGGAGCUGCAGCUCUGAGGGACAUGGUCGACAAGUUGCCUGAGAAAGCGGCUGCGGGAGCGGAGCAUGCGGCCGCGGAGGAUGCGAUGGGGCCAACCAAGGCAAGCAUGCACCAGAGCAGUAUCGCAGCCAUGGAAGCAGACUUCCAGUCUAACCAAGAGUCUUGUUCGCUCAGCAACGAAAAAGAAGCCAUGGAAAUUGAAUGGGCCACACCCCCUGGCCCUGGCGCCUACCAGCUUUUGGAUGAAGGUGUUCUCUUUGCUGUGUGGCCGAGGCUCCAUGGGCAGAGGGCCUCGCUGCUGGAACUCGAGGAGACUCGGCAGGGGGGGGGGCCGGACGUUCGCAGUUCUCAGUUCUUCUCCACUCUGGGUCCCCCGCCCAAGUGGGGCGAGGAGUGCGUGGAGCGCUUGCACGGCCGGCGCGUGGACAUUGAUGCGCUCCUCCAGGCGGAGCGACACCGCGUGCAGGAGCUGGAGACUGAACUCAGCUGCUGCAAGGAGCAAGUGAAGGAGCUUCAGCGGACUCUGAAGGAGUCCUACGUUCAGCAGUUUGAAGCUUCGCAGAAGCGAGAGGAGCUCGAAAGCCAUUUCAGUAAGCUCGUGGAGGAGCUACACCGCAUGAAGGCUGACAAAGAAGGUCUCGAAGGACAGAUCCCUCAGCUGCGGAAGGACCUGAAGGAGGCCCGGGCCCUCAACGCGGACCAAGAGUCCCAGCUCGUGGAGGCCACGGGCGAACUGUCGCUUGCGGAGGAAGUCAUCGAUGACAUCACCAGCUCAAAGUUGGUGGGCCUCCGGCGCUUCUUCGAGCACUACAACCUGCCAGCAGUUUGUUUGUCGCUGUUUCGGAAGGUCGUGGAGCUGCAGCACCAGCUGCGGACCAGAAGUCGGCUCAGCCAGACCAGCUUAGCAUCGGAGACGCCUCGCUCACCACGCGUGGAGCGGACUCGGGCCAUCGAGAGUGAGGUGCGACAGCUUGGGGCCGCGCUGACGCGCUGCAGCCUUCAAGGCUACGUCGAGGGCCUCAACGUGGACCAGGUCACCUCGAGCAUGGUCGUGCAGGUCGUGCUGGCGCUCUUGGGCCUGGACCUGGGGAGGGCGCCCUGCGAUGCGGCGCGCUUCGUGUCGCUGCUGGCGGCUCCGCCUGCGUGGGAGCAGCUGGACUUCGCCACAGCGCUGUGGGGCUCCGCGGGUGAGCCAGCGGCGGCCGUCGUUCAGCAGCACCGGGCCCGCUUGGCGGUACUUUCCAGUCAGGGAGGUGCAAGUGUGCAAAGUUCGAGCAAGCUUUCACCACGACAUGGCUCCUUGGAAGAGCGAAGACGCGACCAGGGCGUCGGAUGCCGUGCCUAG